AUGCUGCCUCCAUUCGAUUAUUUUGAGUACCGUCGCAUACGGAACCAAAAGCAGGCGCAACGAGACCUCCGUUUCGCUUCCCUGCCUCAUCCGUAUCACCUCCAGAUCACAGCAUCUGAUAAGAAAAUCAUCGACCAACCUAUUGAAGAACUAGUCCAAGAUAUUCAAAGCUCUACUACACCGGCCCUUACCGUUCUCCGCACCUACGGAAAGGUCGCUGUUAGGGCCCAGAAGCGCACCAACUGUAUCACCGAACUCUUACUCCCAGAAGCCGAGUCAUGGCUCGAAUCAGAAGUGAAUCUCAAGGGACCCUUGGCGGGAAUUCCUAUCUCCCUUAAGGAUUCUGUCCAGAUCAAGGGCUUUGAUACCACGCUCGGCUAUUCAGCGCUAGCGGGGAAGCCAUUCACCGAAGAUGGACCGAUGACCAAAUUGCUUAAAGACGCUGGAGCCGUUCCCUACGCCAAGACCGCCUUGCCUAUCACCCUUCUCUCUUUCGAAUCUGAUAACGGACUUUGGGGUCCCUGCCUCAACCCCCAUGGAUUGGAGUAUUCGCCUGGUGGUUCAACCGGUGGUGAAGGUGCCCUUUUAGCACAGGGUGGUCGCAUCGGUAUUGGCUCAGAUGUCGCUGGAUCAGUGCGUGUACCAGCUGCGUGGAGUGGAAUCUAUUCGCUCCGCUGCAGCACAGGCCGUUGGCCUAAGGCUGGUGUGAGCACAAGUAUGGCCGGCCAAGAGGGCAUCCCGAGUGUCUUUAGUCCAAUGGCUCGUACCUUGAAUGAUUUGACCUAUUUCACUCGUGCCAUGAUUGGCAUGCAACCGUGGAAAUAUGACAAUACUGUCCACCCUAUUGCAUGGCGGGAUGAGCUUGAGACCGAUGCGAAGAGUAAACCUCUUCGGAUUGGGUUGAUGAGCAACGAUGGUGUAGUUCCACCCACUCCCGCUAUUGAACGUGCUGUUUCUACCACUGUCGCCGCCUUGACUCAAGCCGGUCACACAGUGACUGAGAUCACGACCCCCGAUGGAGCUGAUCCAUUUACUGGCCUUGACCUGGCUUCGCAGCUCCUGAACUCUGACGGCUGUCAUCAUUUUAACGUUCCCUUCCGCAGCUUUGAGCCGUCUGAUCCCGGCGCUUACCAGCUGACCCGUGUCGCGCACCUGCCACGUCCCUUGCGCUACCUUUACUACCUCUACGUGCGAUACAUCAAACGGGACCGAAUUCUCGCUACGUUGAUCAGAAACUUUGGUCCCAAGUCCUCUGCACAGGUAUGGCCGUUGGUCGCGCAACGCGAGGCCUUCCGGGCUACCUGGCAUAAGUGGUGGAACGCCGAACCUCAGCAAUUUGAUUUCAUCUUGUGCCCUGUGAAUGCCACGCCGGCCUUGCCGCACAAGGCCAUGUAUGAUGCCAUGUCUUCAUGCGGUUAUACGUUCCUCUGGAAUCUACUGGAUUACACGGCGGGUGUCUUACCCGUGGGCCAUGUUGAUGCUGUUCGUGACGCCCUGGUGGCUCCGUACCAGAAGGUUCUACAGGGCCUGGGUAGCAACCAUGCUGUGGCACGCGGGGCCUGGAAGCACUAUGAUUCAGCCAAGAUGGCUGGUCUGCCUACGGCUGUGCAGGUCGUCGGUCGCCGAUGGCAAGAGGAGCAGGUUCUCGGGUACAUGGCUGUUGUGGAGAAUGCACUGGAGCAGUACAUCGACCCACACACUGGAGAGAGUGCCAAAUACAGCCUACUCGAAAUUGACUAA